UUAGAGAGAGAAAGAUUUGAUUUGAGAGAGAAAAACAAAUAGUAAUCAAAUUAAAAUUUAAAAAAAAAAACAAGAAACAAAAGAGACAGAGACAGAUAGACGUUGAACAUUACAGUGGAUAAAAGCAAGGCCACGGAACAAAUGGAACGCCUCUCCUCUCCUGUGUUGUUUGUUUUUCUUCUCCUUGUGAUGGCGAGAAACGGAGUCGUUACGUGGCGGAGGAGGACGGAGAAGAUUGACGGCUCCGAUCCUUCACCUUCUGAUACCAAGGAAGUUCAUGUUCUAGCCGUUGAUGAUAGCCACGUUGAUCGGAAAGUCAUUGAAAGGUUACUCAAAAUUUCCUCUUGUAAAGUGACGGCUGUGGAUAGUGGAAGUAGAGCUUUGCAAUUCCUGGGAUUGGACGAGGAGAAAAACAGUAAUAGUUUUUAUGGUUUGAAAGUUGAUCUGAUUAUCACCGACUAUUGUAUGCCUGGAAUGACUGGCUAUGAAUUGCUCAAAAAAAUUAAGGAAUCUUCCGCUUUUAGAGAAAUCCCGGUUGUAAUCAUGUCGUCCGAGAAUGUUUUAGCUCGAAUUGACAGAUGUUUAGAGGAAGGAGCGGAGGAUUUUAUAGUGAAGCCGGUCAAAUUAUCAGAUGUUAAACGUAUAAAAGAUUAUAUGACAAGAGACUUCAGAGUGGGAGAAGGAGAAAGAGGAAUCAACAAGAGAAAGUUGAGAGACAGCUGUGAUCUCUCCUCAUCACCACCGUCCAUUUUAUCAUCACCAGUGUCAUCAUCAUCAUCAUCAUCAUCAUCUCCAUCACCCACAAUUCUAUCAGUAUCAGCACCAUGUUCUCCCUCGUCACUAGAUUCUCCCAGCAGACGUCUUAAAAUGACAAGCUCUGAGUAGAAAAUUUUCUAGUAAAAUUUUUAGAAGCCCAAGCCAAGCCUCCUCCCCUGCACUGCAAUUCUCCGCUAAUGUUUUAACGGUUUUUGUUGCAUUUUGCUAUCAAUCAAGCCUUUCCCCUCCAUUUUGUCCUCUUGCUUACUGUUGUACUUACUAAUUUUGUUAAUUUAUAAUGUGACAAAAUCCAGAUGCAAAUCCUAAUUCUGAAUUCUGAUUAGAUUAAUCUUUUUUUUUUCUUUUUUUCUUUUUUUACAUAUGAAGCCACUUCAAUUCAGAUGGAUUUGGGUUUUGAAUUUGAAAAAAAUAAUGCAAGUAGCAAUAUAUGAUAUGAUAAGGUGGAAGGAGGGGGGCAUGAUCUUGUUGUCUGGUUGAGAAACGAGGGAAUAUUUAGACGGGGGAUAGGAGGGUGCGAAUGGGAUUGAGAUGUUGUUUGUUCCCUUAAGGAGAGGUUGGAUAGGAGUGGGGUACUGCCAGUGUUGUCUGGCUGUUUCUCCCAGAGUGGUAUUUUGCUUGCAUAUGCUUGGCUGUCAAGGGGGCCUAGUUGAUACUUGAAAGAUUUUUGGACCCUACAUUUGGCUGUGAGACUUUGAUUGUUCGCACAACAACUUUAGCAUGCGAGACGGGGCAGCAUUUUUUUGGGGCCUUUUGCUAGGUUUAUA